AACAUUCGAAGUUAGAGAACUGACGCGCAGAGCUCGGACCAGAGCCAGUAGAUUGUAACAGGAUCAAAAUAGCAUACUUGUGGUACAAACACUAAUCAAAUACGCCGAUUUGAAGACACGGAGAGACAAAUUUGUUUUCUAUGCAAACAGGCUCUGUCCGUCAUUGAAGAUACACAAGUCUAUUGAAUCUCGUACCUUUUAUCUCCGUUCACGAUUUUCUUACGUACACUGUACAGACGGUUACUCUAGCCGUGGAAAUAUAGCUCAUUGUACGGACCUGUGAAUUCGAGCGGAUUUUGGCGGUUCGGAAUCGCGGCUAAAGUUGUACGCGAGUAAUAGUGAAGAGGCAACCGAGUACAAUGAGAACUGACGUCAACGUGGCGACAGCAGUGACGAGUACAACAUUGAUGAUCCUAAUAGUUUUCAGUGGCAGUACGCAGGGCGAUUCAAGACUGUGCGGUAAGAGACUAACGGACACUCUCAUGCUCGUGUGCAUGGGCCGAGGCUUCAACUGGCAGGUAGACGUCAAACGGUCAGCUUGGCCGUUUAUGGAAAAGCGGGGAGGAAGCACUGACGCCGGUGGCCAGAAGAGGGCACACAUCACACCCCGGGGCAUAGUCGACGAGUGUUGCAAGCAGUCAUGCAGCUACGACGCCCUGGAGAGCUAUUGUGCCGAUCGGCAAGGCGGGCCCACAGCGACCCCUGGUAUAGCUGGUCUAGCGACGCUCGGCCGGCUCUCGCUAUCUGGUAUGAGGCGUCCAAGUCUGUCACGGACUGGACUCACGCGCUACACGUCUCUCGGACGCGGUAUUAUAGCACUGCCAUCACCAAUGCAGCCAGCAGAUAACGAAACAUCAGUGCAACCUGAAGAAUCGACCGUGAACAACGAAUCAAAUUUAGACAACGCACACGCUUCGUCGAUAAACACGGAUCCUAAUCGCAUCACCGCCUGGAAAAACCAGAAGUUUUUUUUCCUUCCGCCUCCGCCAUCGUGAGGUACGAGAUAGAUCAGGACGUCAGCACAGCUGCUGUUCAUAUGAGCUUCAUCAGACGAGACGCGAGUAUAAACCUAUACUGAUGAUUCCGCGGACGAUCUACGAUCGCUAUGCUGUCGAUUUUCGUUCGUAUAAUUCUAUAGUUAUCAUGAUUAUCAUAGAACAGCUAAAUCUAAAGUAAUAUACUGACUGCGUCAGAACCACGUUGCAAAAGUCAUAAAUGAUAUUUUAGGAUAAUAAUAAUCAUAGAUUAUAUUUGAAUAUAAAACCCGUGCGAACUGUAAAACCGAUAAACAUACGUUGAUUGGCACCCGUCGCGCACGCCCUCUGUCAUAACUGUUAAGAUGUAAUUAGCUUGAGUAUAAUUAGAUAUUAAGGUAUUAUUAACGCGUGCACAUGUACAAUCUCGCUAUUUAUGCAUCGCAGUUAGCAAUGCCACAAUGAUCGUGAAACGUUUACUAUAUUCUAAGGGCACUAGUAUUAUCCGGUUGACGUCUCAUAAUUUUCUUUUCAUGUGUAUUAAAUUUAGCAUGCUCAACCAGGAACCGUUUUCCGCACGCUAGUCGAGUGUGACGAUCAUACAGUACAGUCGCUGGUAACUAUGGAAACCGCAUUCUGACGGACGUAGUUGUGUCUUACAUUUUUCAGUGCUGGUGUUCAGUAAUCGAACUUCUGCUAUUCGCCAUGCAGACACGAUCUUUUAUUACAAGGGGAUUACCCAUGCGCCUGAAAUAAACGCCUUUCUCCAAUGAAGAUAUAAAUUA